AUGGCACCCACGCCGAAGCAGCAGAUGGUGCCGCACAGGGCCCUCAUCUUCGAUUUAAACGACCUCACUGCCGUCAUACCCGGCGCGUCGGCCUUCCUCUCCCAAGAGUCCCGCCUCGACUUGCUCUGGAAUAAUGCGCGGAUCGGUCGCUCCCCCUUCUCCCUGGCAGUCUUCGUCAAAGGACGGUACCUACACCGUCGACUUGUUUCCGUAGCCGGCAGGCUGUCCCUUGCCGAGCCACAGCCGAGAAACUACAGCGCCCUCAAGGCCAACAACUGGAUCCUAGCGUCUGGUUUCGCUAAACGGACCCGGAAAGAUGAUGUCAUCUACGUGGCGCAGAACCUGGCAUUUUGAGAACGAAAGGUUGGGAGAAGGUCAACUGGGUGACGAGGCA